AUGAGCAACAGAGCUGUGGUGAGCAUACAUGCAGAGGCUACUUGCCCAGUGAAACUCAAACCUGCCCUGUUCUUUGUUGACAAUUUCAUCUGCAUUCGCCAUCCAAAUAUCACCUUCAAGUCUGCUACGUACCGACAGAUCAUCGAUGAUGUGAUCGCAAACGUGCGCCAAGACUUUGAGGACGUUGGCGUGGAGAAGGAAGUGUUGGAGGAGCUUCAGCGCGUAAGUGCUUUGUCGAGCGAGCGACUGUAUGCAGUCACGCUGAGCCAUCGUCGCAUCAUUGCAUCGUCGCAACGUCGCAUUGUACCGCUGCACCUCUAUGUAAUCUCAGAGCUGGGAAGCCAAAAUCCUCGCGACUGGAGUUGCUGAAUUCGAUGGUGCUCCGUCGUCAUCGACGGGCAAAGGCGGGAGCAAGAAAGGCGGCAAGGCGGACAAGGACAAGGAGGUGAAGCCUAAUGUCAAGAACCCUCCAGCCUCUGGCAAUUCGUCUCAACACCUCGAUACGAAAUCCGAGGACAAUGGUCAGGCUUCUAGUAGCGACUCUAGAAAAAUGCACAAGACCGAAGACGGCAAGGCCAAUAGAAAUUUUGGCGAUGGUCACGAUGAUGGUUUCAUCAAUGGUAGCGGCAAGGAGAAAGCGGGAGAGAAGCGUAAGAGAGCUGCCCAGACUGACGAGAUCAACAGUGAUCUCGAUGACAGCGAUGAUGAGGAAAAGGACGUAGGCGAGAUCGAAGGUGAAGACAUGAUCCUGUGCCUGUACGACAAGGUGAGCGCCGUCGAUGCCUUCUGUAGACGCUGACCUCGCAGCGCCUGCCUGCUGACUCUGUGCCGAACUCCGUCUUGCGAAUAGGUCCAGCGUGUCAAGAACAAGUGGAAGUGCGUCCUCAAGGAUGGCAUCGCCAACAUAGAUGGUCGAGACUACGUCUUCUCCAAACUCAACUCUGACUUUGAAUGGUGAUCACCUCGCAUUCUAGCUUGUCAGCCCUCCGCUUUCCGCGCACAUUCUUUGACCAGGCUUGACAAGGCUUUGUUCCAACACUCGCAUUAAAGCGGCUGUGUUUCCUUCCAUCACAAGUGGAGAAUUGCGAUCUCCCUGAAUCACGACAAGAAUCGUGUCAGCCUCCUCGCGGUUACGCAGCCGAUCGCCUCUCCUCGCGGCCAAAAGAUUAAGCCAAACAAAACAAAGAUCACAACUCGACCAAUCGCCUCACCUUAAGUCUAUGUGAAAACCGCACUCUAUAUCACAUUGCCAACAUUCUUACAAGCUCAUAUCAGAUCCCACGUCGCAUACUGUACCACUAGCAUUUCAUCCAAGUCCCCACCAAUGCGUCGCGCAGGCCUUGCUUCGCUCUACUCCUACUGUUCCGUGAUGUCGAUGGGAUGAGUUGCCACACUCAACACACGACGACGUCCCCCAUCCAGGCCUUCACAAUCGAAAUCUGAUGACGUUCCCCCUCUCAAGGCUGAUCAUGCUCGAGCCGUGCUCCGGCUGAAUGGACCUGGUGUACGAACCAAUCGCGUUCAUGAACGAUGUCGACUUGUAGGAGGUACACUCGGGCCGGACUCGUCUGCUCUCGCCGCGCAACGCACACCCCGGGCCCUUCCACGACUCGCGACUCUUGAAUCGUCACUACUUUCACACUCAAUUCGUGAUUCUAGACUCUUCAUCCCACAAUUCGUGAUUCAGCAGCGCGAGGUUGGUGACCCUGAGGUGAGGGAGGCGCGCGAAUGUAUGCGCAUCACGUACAGCACAGCAUCUGCCUCCUCCACAGCAGGCGCAGAGGUGCUGAAUCACAAAGCGCGAAUCGUGUGGGAUCAGACUUUGACUGGGACCCGGCCCCCCUGAUUGGCAUCGAUCGUCCUCGCAUUUGGACUUCGCGUGACCACAUCCACACGUCCCGCUCCAUCAAAGAUCUCAUUGCGCACAUCACCCUCGUUCGCUCAGUACGCCCCGAUUCACCUCCUUUUUUCUUCCAAACACACUCAAUUUCUGGAGCAACUCUCCCACGGCCUUCCCCUUACUCCACUCUCUUUGCCUCGCUACAUCCACCAGGCAUCUUGAAGGCCACACGAGAGACUGUCGCGUGUAGACUCUCCGCGCGCGCAACAUGUGAGUGUCGGCUAGACCGGCCAACACUAGAACCUUUUGGUCUUAGAGUGCCCAGCGAUGACCGACAUGUCACCCCUCUCGCCCCUCUCUCGUUCAGGGCCAAGAUGAAUGCAGGACCGAGCUCAGCUCGACAAUCGCCCUCUGAAGGGUUAGACGCUAGUGAAGUGAUAGAGUCUCACAACUACGCCGAGACGCCGCGACCAUUCAAGAACAUCUCGGCUCGAGCACGAGCUCGAAACAAGAAUCUCAAACAGAUAUUGGCGGCAGAGAGGGAUCUGUUGUUGGGUAUUGCCCCUGGAACGAACAAGAAGGGUGCUUCUGGCACAUCGGCAGGUGCGGCAAAGGAAGAGGUGCAACCUGUUCGGAUUGUGGGAAAGGAUGGCAAGAUCAAGAUGUUGGGUGGGGCUGCUGCGAAAAGGAAGAGGGAAAGGGAUGCCAAGUUGCUUCAGAGGGCUUCGGAGAUGGAAGGUACGCCAGAUGUGGCUGAAGGCGAAGGUGCCGAAGACGAGCAAGGGGGGGAUGUGUCCAUGGCCAAAUCGCAGGGCAAUGAGACGCUAGGAGAGACGAGCAAAAGCGGUGCGGAAGUGGUUGCCAAAGUGGAAGAGGUGGUGGAUCACGAAGCUCUAGCAGCACAGGCAAGAGCCGAGGCGAAAUUGGCCAGAAGGAGAGAAUUGCCGAGCUACUUUAGCGUAGAAGCUCCUCCUUCUCUCAGGCCAAGGAAGAAAAUGUGCGACAUUACGGGACUGCCAGCACCGUACACGGAUCCAAAGUCUGGCUUGAGGUAUCACAGCGUGGAAAUUUACAAGCUCAUCAAGACUUUUGGACCUGGUGUCGACCAGGCCUACCUCUCGUUGAGGGGAGACGCUUCAGCCAUCAAGUAG